AUGAAGAUCGUCGUUUGCGUUUUAGCUCUUACAGCAGUUGCAUCUGCCGGAUACCUUGGCGGAGGCGGUGGCGGCGGUGGCUACGGUGGUGGUGGCGGUGGCGGAGGAGGCUGGAAAGGAGGACUCGGAGGUGGUAGCUUUGGCGGUGGCGGUUAUGGAGGCGGCGGCGGUGGCGGCGGCUGGAAAGGAGGACUUGGAGGAUUCGGAGGUGGCGGCGGGGGCUACGGAGGCGGCGGUGGUGGCGGCUGGAAAGGAGGGCUCGGAGGAUUCGGAGGUGGCGGCGGUGGCUACGGAGGUGGUGGCGGUGGAGGAUGGAAAGGAGGACUCGGAGGAGGAAGUGGUGGAUUAGGAGGAGGCUGGAAAGGAGGAUUGGGAGGAGGUGGACUCGGCGGUGGUGGUGGAUGGAAAGGUGGACUUGGCGGAGGAUUCGGAGGUGGUUCCGGUGGAGGCUGGAAAGGAGGUCUAGGAGGAGGUUUCGGUGGAGGUUCCGGCGGCGGCUGGAAAGGAGGACUCGGAGGAUUCGGCGGUGGUGGCGGCUACGGAGGAGGCUCCGGCGGCGGCUGGAAAGGAGGUUUGGGAGGAUUUGGAGGUGGUGGUGGAUACGGAGGCGGAUCCGGAGGUGGAUGGAAGGGAGGCCUAGGAGGAGGACUUGGAGGUGGUUAUGCCAGUGGAUGGAAAGGUUAA